CCUUCCCCCCUCCCCCUUCCAUUCCGCCCCCCAAGAUGGGCUGUUUAGGGAACAGCAAGACUGAGGAUCAGCGCAACGAAGAGAAGGCGCAACGCGAGGCCAACAAGAAAAUCGAGAAGCAGCUACAAAAGGACAAGCAGGUCUAUAGGGCCACGCACCGGCUCCUUUUGCUGGGUGCUGGUGAAUCUGGUAAAAGCACAAUUGUCAAACAAAUGAGGAUCUUGCAUGUGAAUGGAUUUAAUGCAGAGGAGAAAAAAAUGAAAAUUCAGGAUAUUAAAAACAAUAUUAAAGAAGCUAUAGAGACAAUAGUGACAGCAAUGGGAAACCUGGCACCUCCAGUUGAGCUAGCCAAUCCAGAUAAUCAGUUUCGAAUCGAUUAUAUACUAAACUUAGCAAGCCAGAUAGAUUUUGACUUCCCACCAGAGUUCUAUGAGCAUACAAAAACACUUUGGCACGAUGAAGGUGUGAAAGCCUGCUAUGAGAGAUCUAACGAAUAUCAAUUGAUUGAUUGUGCACAGUAUUUUCUAGACAAGAUUGACAUCGUCAAGCAAAAUGAAUAUACACCAUCUGACCAGGACCUUCUUAGAUGCAGAGUUCUAACAUCAGGAAUAUUUGAAACCAAGUUUCAGGUGGACAAAGUAAACUUCCAUAUGUUUGAUGUUGGUGGACAAAGAGAUGAGCGCCGAAAAUGGAUCCAGUGUUUCAAUGAUGUAACUGCUAUCAUCUUUGUGGUGGCCAGCAGUAGCUACAACAUGGUUAUAAGAGAAGACAAUCAGACCAACCGACUUCAAGAAGCAUUAAAUCUUUUCAAGAGUAUCUGGAAUAACAGGUGGCUACGGACCAUUUCAGUAAUUCUUUUCCUCAACAAGCAGGAUUUGCUAGCAGAGAAAGUUUUGGCAGGGAAAUCUAAAAUUGAAGACUACUUUCCAGAAUUUGCUCGCUACACAACACCAGAAGAUGAACAAGUGCAGUUCAAGUCAGCAACACCGGAACCUGGUGAGGAUCCUAGAGUUACAAGGGCCAAGUAUUUUAUUAGAGAUGAAUUUCUUAGAAUCAGCACAGCAAGUGGAGAUGGAAGGCACUACUGCUACCCUCACUUCACAUGUGCAGUUGAUACAGAAAACAUUCGGAGGGUUUUCAAUGACUGUCGGGACAUUAUUCAACGGAUGCACCUUCGCCAAUAUGAGUUGUUGUGAUGGAGAGCACUUUUACUCUGUUUGGGACUCCUUAUUCCUUAUUAAAAAGAAAAAAAAAACCUGGCCCACAUAGGGUGGAAGAGAACUAUUGCAAUCUCCCUCUGAUUUGCAUCCCUCAACCUUUUUCUCCUUGCUGGACAAACAGCAGCACUUCUAAGCUUGCUUGCUUCACCCCCUUGGAACAGUUUGAGAUGGCCCAUGAAAUGUAAAAGGCCAUUUCUGCAAGCAGGGGGAGGGCUUCUCUUAACACUGUCAUUAACAACAACAAAAAAUUAAUAAUGCCCUGAAGGUGGAGCACCUGAGAGGAUUUGGGAUUAAAGUUAAAUAUUAAAAAGCAAACAAAACAAAAUGGGAGAGAGAACUUUAGGUAAUUAGCACUGCUGUGGGCAUAAACAUAUAUCCCAUGAUUUCAACUUUAUAUCCAUUCACUGCAUCAGACUAAAGAAGGUGCCAAGUCACAGACCAAGUUGAAAGGACAGGCGAUUGAGUCUGGUUUUCUGCCUCAGAAUGUGACAUUGAGUGGAAAUACUGACAAUUCUACAACAAACCUAGACAGUACAAACCAACUGCUACCUUGGCGGUUUUAAGGUGACCGGGAACGUUGCAAAAUGAACUGCAUUAUGGCCUGUGAUUGCAGAAAGAGUUAACCACACACUGUUUUCAGUUUGUCCACUGAUGAUCCUGUCUGCUAUUAAACAAAAUCAUUAUCUGGGCUGUAGUCCUCACAAUCUUCCUUUCUUUUUCUCUUUCUCUCCUCCUCUUCUCCCCCCCCCCCCAUGCCUCUUUCUUCCCAGUUUUCAUUUUACUGCUGGAUUAUUAUUCUUGUACAGACUGUAAAAUGUAUUAUUUUGUACAACUUUAUUGAAAAAAAUAACUUGUAGAAGAUCUUUGUGCCUUGAUUAUGGCUGUACCUGUGCAAUGAGCUAAGAUGUAAGUAUGUUUGAUUGCGCUGUACAGCUUUGUCGACCCUAUCCGCAGCAUUCGCUCAAGGUAGGGAAAAUUUAUCUGUAGUUUAGGGUUUUUUCUGGUUUAUAAAAGAAGGAGGAAAAAUACUGUUUAGUAUAUUAAAAAGUACAAAUCGUGCAAACUUAACCACUUUAAAAGUGAGGCCUACAACAAGUGACCAGAUGUUGCAGCAUCAUGCUUUUUAAUUUUUAGCUUUAACUCAUUUAAAUCUCUAUCCAAAUGCAAAACAUGGCUUGUUUCUACAUAAACCAAAUUUUGCUACAAAUUAUAAAUGUUAGUCUUUGUCAUUCAUAGUUUUUUGGGGUUUUCUUUUUUUCUUUUUUCUUUUUGGUGCAAAAAGACAAAAACAACAACAAAAAAAGCAAAUGUACAAGCAUUGCACAGGCCUUAUGGCCUUCUUUAUGCCAGGUCAGAUAUACCUUUCCAUCUUACACUAUUUCUGUAUGGGCAUAAGACUCCCAUAAUGACAAGAUGUACCUUGCCCCUCAAUUUGGCCACUGAAUUUCAGUUUCAAGUGACAUUAUAGUUCUCUUUUAAUAAAGAGAAUAUAAUAUAAAAUGUGUUUUAUAUUAAGUAUAUAAGUAGUUUAAAGUGAAAAUGUGUGGAUUUUUUCUUAAACUUGAAUAAUUUAUGCAAAUUAUAUGCUUAGAACAACAUGUGGUACAGUUAAAAAAGGAAAGAGCAAAAAUCACCGUAGCAAUAAGACAGCAUGUAAUUUUAGUAACUACUACACUGCUUUAUAUUUUAUACAGGUGUUUUAUGUCUUUGUGAACAUAUUACUUUUUCAUGUGUCUAAAGCUACAUGUACAAAUUUGUACAGUCUACAGUUACAGCUACAACAACACAUCUAGAACAGUGUUAGCCUAUAUUACUCAAGCCACCCCUUUGCCCCAUCCGAAAGAAUGGGGGACGGGGAAUUGGGUCUUAAUACAGUGAUUAUUUUAUUACUUGCCAUUUACAUGUUAGCUUCUUUCCACCAGUCAUCAUCUUGAGCCUCUGUCUUAGGAAGAGGCCCUGUUUUAGAGGUUAUGCUGUGUCCAAGAAUGUCCACAGGUGCCAGAGAUAUUUUUCCCUGUUAAGAGCUACAUGCAUUGAGGAGUGUGACAAGGACAGCUAAUUUGGAGAUUAAGGCUCUGAUGAGAAAAUUAAUUUCCCUGUCUACUUCAACACAUUUAGACUCAUGAAGGAAGUGGUGGUUCUCCACCCAUCCCUGCUAGAAUGGAAAGAAUGGUUCUGCCUUUUGUAAACGCGCAACUUGACUCUGUGGCUGCAUGUAGUGGUGACAGAACAGCUGGCGUUGGUGAGAUUCUCUCUGUGUGCCUCCUGCUCUGUUGCUCAAGCUCAGUGAGAGCCCAAACCACAUCUGAUUUUUAAAGCCAGCUUGCCUCAUCAGGUGUGGGAGCAGCAGUCACGUCACCAACAGAAGCAGCCCUGGCUAGGUAUGCCCUAGUUCUCUCAUGCUACCAUAAAUAGCUCCUUUGGAUUGCAGCCUAUGUCUGCACUUAAAUGUGUUCUAAAAGGUCCAUUUUACAGUGUUGUAAGAGUAACUGCCUUGUAAGCAUUUGGAAUCAGUGGCAAACCUGACCCAAAAUGCACCUUUGCCCCAUAGAAGACCUAACUAAUGCUUAUUAUUGGGAUUUCAGAGAUAGAGGCACAAAACACACAGUAUAAUACAUGAGCCUUAAUUUUGUUUUCAUUUUUUAACAAAAAACAAUCUCUCAAGUUUAGUGCCAAACCUGUUUUAAUCUCUCUUAAGGCCUUGGAGGGGAGUGUAGGAGAUGACACAUGAACCAAAUUAAGAAUCAGAAAUUUAACUAUAUACAAGGAAUGUAGUAUUAUACAAGAGAAGCAAAGCUUCAUCUCCAAGCAAGAGUCCCUUCCUUGAGGAAGAGAAUGAAGCAUAUAUAAUGAAGUAGGCCUGUGCACGUGUGUGGGCACAUGUGCAUGCACCCAUAUACCAUUAAUAUACACUUCUGUAAAGCUUUAUAUGAAUAGAAAUGUUUGAGAUGUUCUUAAAGGUGUGCAGGAAAAUGCAGUGUUUGAAACCAGCUUGGGCUGCACAUGUAUAUAUAGAGAGAGAGGGUGUGUGUGUGUGUGUGUGCACGCGCGCGUGAGAGCAAGAGCGUCCUAGUAUUGCCUCUGUUAGUCUGUCUCUAAGUUCGUGCAAUUUGGUGGCCUGGUAAACACAAGUCUUAUUUUUAACAACUUUUCCCUUUAUUUUGUUUUUAUUUUUUAAUACAAAAACCCAUAAAGCUUCAAUACUUGCUAUUUAA